AGCCAAAGACCAUAGUAAAGAUGUGUAAAAUAUUCAUCCAACACUAACACAUCGGUAACAUCUCGUUUAUGGUGCAGCUUUAAUUUAAAGGGUCACUUGAGCGGUUCUUGGAUGUCCCGCUUACCCCUCCCCCAACGGCUGACCGGUACCCCCGAUUGUCCCCUCCCGGCACGUGAGUGCCGAGUCUAACCUAAUAUUCGACACAGUUUUUCCUGCUCUAUGUGGGAAUGAUGCCAUUAUAUAUAUAGCUGUCUUGCGCCUUCUGUGCACAAAAUUUUAUACCGCUAAUUUUUCACAGAAAAUUUCAUUCACCUCACCAUUAUACCCUGACAUAACCGUACCUGAUAUUCCGACCCUUUUCGUAUAUAAAUAUCCCGUUUUGAUGCUGGACACACUUCCUCUUCCACGCAUGGAAGAUUACGAUGUUUCGCCUUACACAGGGUUCUUGCCCUCUGAGUUUCCGUUAGACAGAUUACCGCAGGCGUAUUACAACCCGUGGGAGGAUCUUGCGGCGGUUUUGCCGUCACUCAUCUUGACUAAACGCCUCCGCAGUCUUGUGGACAAGAUUCCAGUAUUGUCCAUCAAUCGCUUAACCACGGCGCGCGAACACCGCCGCGCGUACGUCUGUCUCUCGUUUUUGGUGCACGGAUACAUCUGGAAUGUCGACCAACCGACGGACCGUCUCCCAAAACAGUUGGCAGAGCCAUACCUUGCAGUGAGUGAGCUUUUGGAAUUACCACCGGUUGCCACUUAUGCCGCGGUUUGUCUCUGGAACUUUAAGCCGAUUGUGCCAGUCGGAACUAGCAUGGCCCAGCCGGAGAAUUGGGACUUGGACAACUUGAUGACCAUCAACACAUAUACCGGGUCCAUCGACGAGAGCUGGUUCUAUCUUGUGAGUGUAUACUUCGAGUAUAUGGGUGCAUUCUGUGUGGCUGAGGGGUUAAAGGUGAUUCAAGCUGCGCGCGACGACGAUAUCGUGCGCGUCAUCGCGCACUUGCAGAGCUUAGCUGAGUCAAUUGACAAACUUGGAUCCGUGUUGAUGCGCAUGGAGGAGAUGUGCGACCCGCACGCGUUCUACUUUCGGAUCCGGCCGUUUUUGGCUGGCUGGAAGGGCAUGAAAGACGCUGGCUUGGCCAAUGGGGUUUAUUACGGGAAUGAAGAGACUCCGCGGAUGUAUUCUGGGGGCUCCAACGCCCAAUCCUCUCUCAUCCAGGCGUUAGACAUCCUUCUCGACGUCAAGCACUACACCACAGGUCAGAGACCGACCCCCAAUGCUCCUGUCGCGGCCGCCGACGGCGAAUCAAACUUCAUACAUGAGAUGCGUGAGUACAUGCCAGGCCCACACACGCGUUUCCUCGAGCAUUUAGACCAGGUCGCCAAUAUCCGUGCAUUUGUGAUGAAGCACUCUGCUGCCAACUCCGAGCUCAUUCUUAGCUACGACUCGUGUCUCGCAAUGCUCAAGGCGUUCCGUGAUAAGCACAUUCAAAUUGUCACGCGUUACAUCAUCAUCCAGGCGCAACUGGCCGCGCGCUCUGGCUCCUCCAGCACGUUGCGUUCUGGGUUGGCCAAGAGCAAGGACGUAAAGGACGCUAAGGGCACUGGUGGUACAAGUUUGUUGCCAUUCUUGAAGCAGUGUCGUGACGAGACGGGAGAUCCCGCUGCCGGUAACUGGGGCAAGCGUAUCUUAUCCGACGGGCCAGUUCGGAUGUCUCUUGGAGUGAGCAAAUUGAGUUUGGAUGAGAAGUAGAUAAGGAUGCUUAGGUGGCUUUCCUUUGUUUAUGUUUUGGCUCGAGCCACAGGUUGGUACAUACGGCUGGUUAAUAUACAUUUUCCUCUACGACUAGUGUCACAUUUUGAGUGCACGGAAAGGACACAGGUAUCUUAGGGGAGAAAUAUGAAAAUAUAAGCCCCUAUUGGUGUAGAUUGCCUCUCCCGUGCGUAAAGAGCUGAGAGGUUGAAAUUUUAUAUCCCCUUCGUGAGGGAAGGUAGCAUGGAAUGCUGUAUCGAGAAUAGGCUUGGUUUGAUGACCAUUUAGGAAUCUUAUGCUUAUUUUAUAUUCGAGCAUUAGUUGUUCAUAAGUUG